CGAGGAGUCUCGAGCUUCAGCUGGCGAACCAUCAUGCCGCUCUCGGCACAGAAGCAGCGCGAGCGCCGCGCCGCGAGGCGCGCUGCCGAGGCUCAGGACGCGGCUCGCGGGCAGCGCAACCGCCCGGCGCCGAGCCAGUCUAGGCCGCCUCCGCUGCGCCUGCUUCCUUGCGCGCCGCUGGACGUCGGCCGAGAAGACCGCUUCCCUCUGGGGACCCGACUCCGCGAAGAUCGCGCGCGCGUCGUGAGUGGCGGCGCGCGCGCGAUCUCCGUUCCCGGGCACGCCGGUCGCAGUGGCAUGGGCUCCCAGGCUCAAAAGCGCUCCCGUCAACAGCGAGCGAGCGCCGCCGCUGCUCCUCCUCCCGCCGCCGCUCACCGAGACUCGGUGCCGCCGCCGCCGCCGCCGCCGCCGCCGCCGCCCCCGCCGCC